AGUCAGCUGUUGGCAAAUAAAAAUUUUUUAAUCUUUUUCGUUAUUCGUGUAAACCUUCUGAUGAGCUUGAUCACAAAUAAGGUAUACGUGUUUGAACUGAAUAGACCGGAUUUCCAAGUAGGAAGUCCAGGUGACUGCGCUUCCUAUAUAUAUUGUACAACCUUGACCAAAUUUGCUAAGUGUAAAAUUUCAUCAAAAAAAGUUAAGCUUGUUAUAAAAUUGUGACCCGUAACGAAUUUAUUAAUUUUAACAAAUAAAAUGUGUGCUUUUCAUCAGAUUUUCAUUUCAAGAAAUGAAAAUUCGAAGAAACUACAACUAAUGACAAAAAAAUUGCACAACUUUAACAUUAAGUUAUUUCGACAUUCGAGUAAUCUCAAAAUACGUCAAACAUCAUCAAGCUAUAUAUUUUCAGCAAAAAAAUGCGUAAAGUUGGGAUGAAAUCAAAUUAAAAUGAUCUCGAACUUUUUCUAAUUCGAGUGAAUUGCCAAAAUGAACUUUUAAUUUAUUUAUUAAUAUUACGAAAAUGCAUCAGAAAAUAACGGUAGGCCUUUAUUUAUAUUUUAAGCACAUGAUGAAAGGUGUGUUGUGGGAACAAUGGCAAACUAAAAAACAGACAACAUUAGGUUUCUCGAAUAGAAAGGUAGGAGGCUAUAUCAGCGGCAUCCGUACCUCCUCGUCGCAUUGUUUCAACGGCUGCUUAAGUUGUUGGAUCACUUUUCGCACCUCAGAAACAGAAAGAGGCUGGAAAUUUUAUAUUUUCUACAAUCGAUUAAUUUAUUUGUUAUUGACUCACUACAGUUAGUUAGAAAAAAAUGAAAGCGGUGUUCUAUUAUCUUUCUUCGCUACUUGUUUUUGCAGCCUCCGUCAUGCCCAACACAUCAUUAAGAGAUACUGAGACUCUACAGGAUUCUAGUGCAUCAGCGCAGUCAUUACUGAAGAUGGGAACUAUGAGUAUGACUGACAAGGAUUCCUCGAUGAUGUCGUCCAGCAGCGAGGAUGGCCAACAAGUGACCAACAUUGGUGACAAAAGUGAUGAAGUUAGUGAUACUUCUGAACUUCCAGGGUUUAAUUUGUCACUAUUUCCUACCGCUUCAAUUUUUGGCGCCAAUCCGAUGUUUCAAAAAUUACAAGAAUCACUGCGGGUAAUUCGCGAUCAACUCAACACCCUGUGGAGUUUAAAUGAAGAUAGUUAUCCUUCAUUUGAUAUUCCAGAUAACUACGUUAACAGCACCUCCUAUUCCAAACUUGUUAACGGUACGCUGGUUACUGUUAACGAAACCAUUUAUAAGUUGACAAACCAGGAUGGCAUACAGUCCUUUUACCACACUAAAGCGAUAUCGAUAUACCCAGAUAACGACACAGAUUCUACUCUUCACAAACAGCAUGUUAUUACUCACGAGAAGGAAACCAGGAUAGACAACUCAGCUAUGCGAGAUUCGGGUAAUUCUGCUGAAGAGGUCGACAUUGAAAUAGAAAAUUCAACCGAGAUUCAUGCAUGACUGUAAUUUAGACACCAAAAAAUUUAUUCCGCCCUUUUUUAAACACAAUGAGGUCCAAGUAGAAAAAUUCUUACUCCCAUCCCAUGACAAGGCACCUAUAACUUUAACCAAAACUUACAUUUUUUUAACAAACACCAUUUUGAGAAUACAUCCAUGCAUGAUCUAGCUAAUUUUGUUAAAUCCCAAUUUUAUUUUUUUAGUCCUUUAAUUAUUAGUUUUUAUUACCUAAUAUUUAAAGGCGCAUUGUUACUUUUGACACAAUUCCCAUGUGUAACAACUACACCGUUAACAGAGAAAUAAAAAUAGCCAAAAGAUUA